GUGGCUGGGGGGUUUAGAAUACAGUCACGGUAUCCCCUGCCUGUCGUAAGAGGCGACUAAAAGGGGGAUGUAAUGGAGCGAGCAAGGCAAUAUUGUAAUGUUGAUGAUAAGAAACAGAAGGAAAAGUAUAGCGAAUGUAUGAAGUAACUUAAAAUGCAAAAGAGAUGAGAUUUGAAAAACGGCGCGUAUGCGCGCGUGGCUGAUAAUUUUCGGUGAGCAAAAAGGGACAGAUGUAAAGUUCCUAGAGACAGGUGUAAAGUUCACUCUCUGUGAAACAAUGGGAUGCGUGAACGCGUCCCAUUAUUACAAUAAAGGGAAACAUGAAAUUAAAAUAAAAGUAGUCCAAAUUCGAUCACGGCGUUACCUAUACAAAAGUGCUGGAAACUACUCAACAACUUAUCGACCGCCUUUUGGAAACAAGGUAACCCAUUGGUGCCAUCUAUAAAAAAACAACGCAAACUAAGCAUACGUAUUGGUCGACAUAUCGUUGGUCAAUUCUGUGGUAAUCGGUAAAACUCUAUCGACAUUAAUCACUUAUCCUCCGAUAAGUCUUAUUCAUCUCGUGCAGGGAUGCAAGGAUGUAGGGAUGUAAGGGAUACGGAGUUAUAAAAGAGGCAAUGAUGUAGGGGUAGUCCUCCGCGAGGCUCAUGAAAAGAGCAAAUCAAAAUUUCACAGGUGUAUCUUGUAAUUUUUUAUUCCAUCAUAGGGGAAGGUAGGGUAAGAUGGAAACCCUGGGACAAAAUUGCUCUAGAAUACUAUAUUCAUUGAAGUUGUGUCUAUAAAAAUAUAUGUAGUGUCAUCAUCAGUUUAUUCAAAUCAUUUAUUUACCAAGGCGCAUGAAGUAAAUACAAGUUUGUCUUACAGUUAUUGUACUAACUUUAAUUAAUUUAUAAAAACUAGAGUCAGAUGGAGACAAAAUUGCGUCUUUUCAGUAGUCUGUGCGAGGUGCGGUGAAAGAUGGACUGGUAAAACAGACACGAUUAUCAUACCGACUGUGUUCUAACUGUCUUUGGGGUGUCUGAUACCCCAAAAUCAUGCCACAACAAGGCAUGUUCAGUCUCCAAUCAUGCUUGCGUUUGUGACGUCACGUCCACCGAACUGCUCACUUUUUCCCGCGUGAAUUGGAUAGUGAACACGUCUCGCGCGCAGUUUCGUACAAUUUUCAGUAAAGUGUAUCGUGUUUGACAAGUUAACAAUCUAUAAUGUUAUAAAACUUCGCUAGAAACACCGUGUGUAACUUUGGUGAAAUAAUUAGUCGUAUGAAACUUGUUUCCACAUACUACGAAAUGUUUCCACGACUACGGUCGCACGAAGCUCCGACGCUGAUUGUCAUAAACACACGUGUUGUUGACAUCGACUCAGGCAGGGGAUCGAAGCGAAACGAAAACAGGAUUAGGAAUAUUUCAGAUAAGUGGCAAACUGAACGCAGAAGAGUUACCUGUACAAUCUGUGCGGCGCAACAGGGCAAAAGUUACGGCAGAAUCACCAAAAAUCACUCUCUGGGCUCUUCCAAGGACCUCCCUUGGUAUGUCAAGGGUUAAUUUGAAAAGUAACCAAUUUGGACUACGCUGAAUCAGAAUCAAGUGGGAUUAGGCUAAUACCUCGAUAGCUUUUGUUUAAUCUGAUUGACCGAUCCUCGCCGAGCGAUACAAAUCGAGCCGCACCGCAGACAAACUGAAACUUCGCAAAGUGUAUCGUGUAAUCAAUGAGCAUUGGACUCGAGGAAAAAUGCAGCUUCAGUGAAACAGCACAUUCUACUCCAAAGAUCAACCUCCUCGACCGCAACAAUCCCAAACCAUCUGGAUCAACAAUGGAGAUUCAGAAAUCAACAGUCAUCUUGAACACACAACCAUCGAAGGUCUACCCAACUCGAAAUCGCAUCAGGACACCUGGUUUCCAAAGUCUCUUGGACCCACUGGAGGAUCCAAUAUUUUCCAUCAAAGAGUAUCCGGAAUAAAACCAUCCGAUCGAAAGCCACGGAGAAGAUCUAAAUAAAGUAUUAAUUAGAUGUAUAUAGCAGUCAUGAUUAUCCAAAUGAAGCUGAUCGGACAGCCAUGACAGAGUAAACCAGCCGGGGAUCAUCCGAGACCUCGUCCACCAUGUUGAACGUAAUGGCAGCGGUGACGACCAGCCUUCCCAGCCGAGUGGACCCGACACCGACGCCUUCGGGCAACACCAGCACCUCGUCCAGCACAGCCGCGAACAACGUGACCUCGGUACCCGUGGAGAACCCUACCGUUGAGAAUCUACCGGAGAACGUGAGCGUGUUCGUGGUGGUGAUCAAGGGUAUCAUAAUGGGUAGCAUAAUCACCACCGCGGUUCUCGGUAACGCUCUGGUGAUCGCAAGUGUCCGAAGGCACCGGAGGCUUCGGGUAGUGACGAAUUGUUACGUGGUCAGCCUUGCGGCGGCUGAUCUCUUGGUGGCGAUGUGCGCGAUGACGUUUAACGCGUCCGCCGAGUUGUCAGGUGGUAAAUGGUUGUUCGGUCGGUUCAUGUGCGACGUAUGGAACUCGUUGGACGUUUAUUUCUCCACCGCCUCGAUACUCCAUCUCUGUUGCAUCAGCGUGGACAGGUAUUACGCGAUCGUCAGCCCGUUGGAGUAUACGGUGAUCAUGAGGCAGGGCACCGUCGGAUGCAUGCUCGGUAGCGCGUGGGUCCUACCGGCUCUCAUCAGCUUCAUACCGAUCUUCAUGGGAUGGUAUACCACGCAGGAGCAUCUGGAGUAUAUGGUGAAGAAUCCGGAGGUGUGUUCCUUUGUUGUGAACCGACCUUACGCAGUCAUUAGUUCGUGUGUUUCCUUUUGGAUCCCUGGCUUGGUAAUGAUAGUGAUGUAUUGUAAGAUCUACAAGGAGGCGGUGAGGCAGAGGAAGGCACUCAGCAGGACAUCCAGUAACAUCGUCCUGAAUAGUGUGCACCAUCACAGAUCCUCCACCAGGCAACACCACCAUCAGCAGAUGUUGCUCCAAGCAGCGGCCGAAACUGGCACUUCGAUACGGCAACAAACGAAGAGCUGGAGAGCCGAACACAAAGCUGCGAGGACGCUCGGGAUAAUAAUGGGCGCGUUCCUCCUUUGUUGGCUGCCAUUUUUCCUUUGGUAUCUAACGACGACCUUGUGCGGCGAGGCCUGCUACUGUCCAGACACGGUGGUGUCCGUCCUCUUCUGGAUAGGCUACUUCAACAGCGCCCUGAAUCCACUGAUCUACGCGUACUUCAACCGCGACUUCCGCGAGGCCUUCAAGGACACCCUGAAGAGCGCCUUACCAUGCUGUGCCAGUUGUUGGAAAACACCAUCUCAGUUCGUCUAGCGAGAAAAACCCCCGUGAACAGUCGCGUCGAGCACGUUCCUUGCGAUCCACAACGGAAGUUGUUAUCAAUUUCUUCAGCGAACGAUUGUCCAAGUCCUCAGGGUGUUGAAAAUCACCCGCCUGCUCCUUUGCACCUGUUCGUUGGGUGCCAAUGAAUAAUCGAACGAUGGAUUUUUCAUUUUGUUUGACGACAUUCUCCUAGAAUUUUUCUAAAAUCAAAAACAAAUUGUGAAAAGUUCUUUUAUCUAUCUUGGGAACCUAGGACCUAGGAUCUAGGUUCUGCUAAGAUUCUCCUAAGAUCAAAGGCAAAUGAAAGAUUCCUCCACCCACCUUUUCUUUCACUAAUUAGAAGAAUUAGAAGUAUUAGAAGAAUCCUGAAAGAACCUGGAACUCAAAUUGUAAAACUUUUUAGAAAAAGAAAUAUGAUUUUAUAUUUUUAAUCAGUUGUAUCAAAAUUGAAAAGCCCUGUACUUUUGAUAGUAGUUAUGUAAACUUUUCAAACAGAUGGUUCUUAACGAAUUCAGUGAAUUUUCCAAGGACACGAGGCAAUGUAUUUAGGAAAAAUUCUCGGUUCUUAGUGGUCCUUGACCGAGAAAAUCGAGCAGGGUCGAGCAGCCGUUUUCGUUUCGACGAUUAAUCAGGGCCACGUUAAUUAAUCCUCGCGAAAAUGGAGGCCAAGCGAGAGUUUCGUCGAACGUUCGAGUGCAACGGCAUUUCAGACUGAUUUUCAUGCAUUUCUGGACUGGAAUUAAACUCUCUUCCAGGAGCUUCCUGUACGUGGAUCGCAAUCAGCUCCCAUCCCCCCCUCGUUGCUCGCGGUUUCUUGCGCGUCGGAUUUUCGAGUCGUCAAAUUUGUUGAAUGAAAUCGAGUUUCAGUUUGCCAGGAACCUGACUCGAUUCUCGGUUCUUAACUAUGUGUGUGCGUGCGAAUGGACAGAUGGACAGUUUCGCUGGAGUUAUUUGACUUUCUCGAGGGAUUUCGUUGAUGUUUCAAAGAAGAGAACCAGAGUCGAACUGAAACAAUGGUGAUUCGUUGAUGGAUGGAUAGAAAAUUGUUUUGCACAAGAAGAGUGGAGACUAUUGCCAGAUUCGACGGCAGUUGGAACUUGUUGGUGGUUACUAGAUGUUCAUACAGGAUGGAGGUUUGAUGGGCUAAAUGGAAUGGCAUGCAUUAAUGGCGAUUCGGAGGACCGUGCGCGCAACCGGAAGCCCGAGCCUCGACGCGACCAUUGACAGUGACUGGCUGUCGACAAGCGGAAACGGGGGCAGAAUGAUAAGUAUUCUUCUAUGUCUUUCGCCGGCACGCAACGAAAUUGCAAAUUUUCGAGGAAGGAUCACGUGCCGGAAACGCGUACUCCACUAAACGUUGAAACUAUACAGAUUGGAGAACGGUUCGAAGUGAGAUUUUGCGUGCUGUUCGUCUGCCAGUCAUGUUUCUACGUCAAAUCAUGAAAUUUUAAUGAAUUUAUAUCGUACUGACAGAACUCAGUUGUCGUACAUUUAUAAUUCAUUUUAUUAUUUUCAAACAAAUAUUCGAUUGGCGACUGCAGAAUUAUUUAUUAAAAUCAAUCAUAUUUUUCAUAAUUUUUUUUUAUUCUUUUGCAAUAGAAUUUAGGUGAUUGUGAUAUAAAAUUGAAUCUUUUAAAAAUUAUAAAAAUAUUUCUGAAAUAUUUAUUAAAUUAAAAAUCGUCACAUUCAUCAAGUUUCUUUAGACGUAUUAUAAUUCAAGUAUCUACUUGAGGCACAUGUAAAAUAAUCAAAUACACGCAGGUUUGAUUAUUAAUUAAAACACAUCGUUUGCUUAAUGAGCAAGAAUAAUAUUCAUUGUUAAAAGUGGAAAUGUAUUUCCUGAAACAUUCAUUUUUAGAACGCACAGUAAUUGCAAAUAGGGGAGUAAAUUUGUAAAAAGAAAGUAAAAUAAGAUUGAAAACGAAGCAAUACUUCUUUUUGAUAAUCUAUCAUUCAAAAUAGAUGAUAAAAAAAGAAAGAAAUGAAUAAAUGACUGGAGGUAAAACAGCACACAGACUGCUUGAUAACGUGUUGAAUUUGUAAAUAAGUUGUCAACCAUAAACGUAGGAUAAAGCCAACCAGUGCUACCUAGGUGUAAUUAGAACAAACGCUGUAUUAUCUGUAACGCAAUACAAUUAUUAUUAAUAAUGAUAUUAUUGCGAGAGAAGGGUACCGAGCUGCGAUAGCAUUUAUUGCAAAAUAUCAAGUGACCAUUCAUAUUUUCAAAAUCAAUUUCAAUAUUUAUCCAUUUAAUAUUAACCCUCGGAGGGCGGACCAUGGAGAGAGCCCCAAUUUUAAUUUAAUUUUCUAUUUCAUAUUAUGUUGAUUUCCUAAAUUUACAGGUUCCUUUAAAAAUUAUUAUUAUAAUAUAUGAAUAUUUUUUUCUAUUAAUUUUAUGGAAAGAUUCUUUUCCCCUUUUCCCAAAUUAAAAAUAUCUCAAAUUCUAAAUAUUUUUUUUCUUUUCUUACAUUCUAUAUUUAUGCAUUCUGAUAUUAUACAUGUACUUAUACUUGCAAUCUUUGAAAAAAUGAAUGCCUUAUUUGACGAGCAAUUAAAAUAUUUCGCAGAGGGUCAAAUUUACCCGUGUUUACGUAAUAAUGAAACAGUCACUUGAUCCAGAUACCAAACGAACCGUCGUGGAAAGCAGAAAGCUCUUUCCCAUUUUCUUUUUUUAAUUUCUCCCACGAGCAGGAGUACCAUUCUCUCUCCGGCGGUAGAGACUCGAUUUUUUCUAGAGUACUCGCAAAACGCUUCACUUUCAUUCGUACGGCCUAUUGUACGCGUCUAGACUGUAUAAAUGUACCAUAGCAAUAUUUAUCGAGGACUGUAUAUACACAUUUGGGUGACGAAUUAACGUUGCGAGAGAUGAAGAAUGUGUGUGCCCGUGAAUCGUCGUUUUUGUAAAUGACCGACGUUCUGUCGUGUAGGCGUGAUUGUUUAAACGUGUUUGUUGCUUAACUUGUACACGAACCCCCCAGAGCGACGUAAUUAUUGUACAUUGUUAGUCAAGCAGGUCGUUAGGUUCCUGGUGAGAUUCCAAAAAUAGCUGCGAUUCUUUUAUUCAUUUUGCAUAUCGAAGAAGGUUCAAGGAAAGGGAAAUCUUUUUUUCGAAUGAAUUUGUCAGACGAUCGAUCGAAAGGAAUCGAAUUUUUUCAAAUAUAGUUCGGUACAAAAUUACAAAUUUACAAAAUUAAAAGAUUAUAAAUUUAUAAAAUUCCAUAAGGUAUAUGGUGAUCAAACUUUCUAUCAAAAUUAUAUUAAUUAACACGUUAACUGUCCCAGUGAAAAUAGGCAUUGAUUACGAGUCGUAUUGAAUCUCUAAUUAUUAAGAAUAGAAAUAGGUAAUUUUCAAAUUUCAAAUAUCAAGCUUUAAUUUGAUACUUUACAUUAUUAGUAUAAUAUCAAUACCAUUGAAACAAUAUUUCUCUAUAAUUUUUUUUAAUUAUUAUAGUACGUGUAAUUUGCUAUGUCGGUCACCAGUGACCCCCAUUGAUCGUGUUAAUAUUAAAAAUAACAAAUUCAUUUGUUUGCCAUCUCUAAAAGUCAUAUAUUCCUUUUUAAAAUUUCAUGAUAUUACAAUUUGUCCAUAUGUGACCCAGAUGGCCCCGGAUGUAUUAAAUUUUAAAUCAUACUGAUAAUGAAAGAAAAAGAUUGCUUCCGAUCGAUCCCUGUCACUGGUUUCGGUUAACCGUCAUCGGCCUCGAUUCGCUCGAAUUUCCGAUUAAUCCUAUUCGUUACAUUGAAAUCGUUCGCGAUAAUAACAACCGUGCAGUAGAUAGAAUAUCGACAGAAAACUGUGAUAUUGAAAGAGAAAUUAUAUCUGGAGCAAUUAGGCAACGUCGAUGGCUGACAAGCUAGUGCACAAAUUGCUGUUUCAUGUUUCUGGAGAACGCUUUGAAACACAGCACCGAUUUCCAAUCGAUUAUCACAGUUUUCGAGGAGUAUUUUUAUUGGAAACUUUCGAUAGAAUUCUUGAAACGAGAAGAAAUUAUUUAUUGUUUUGCAAAUUGGAAAAGGGAAGCGACGUUUUGAUAUAAAAUUCAAUUCUGGUAUUUUAUCGUAAAUUUCGAGCGAAGCCGCUGGGAAAUUUGAUUUUUUCUAUACGCAAGUGUUCCAUUCGACGCGUCGACUUUAUUUUUCUAUGUAAAUACACACGGAUCACUUGGUCGAAGCGUUCAUAGUAGUGGUGUGCGGCCCGCCUAGUAGUCGGGUCGGUUCGGAAAACAUCGGGCGGACUCGGGCAGGCGUCCAAUAGACGCGCGCAAUCGAGUAGUCCAACUAUUUCGGGUUUGGUUGGGUACAGUCGGGCAGACUCGGACGAGCUCCCAAAUUAUCUUAUUCCAAAAUUCCAUAUAAAACAGAUUUUGCACAUACAUCGCGUCUUCAUAGAUUAUUUAAAACAUUAUUGCAGCAAAGAUAAUUGGGAUGAUUGGAUUAGGUUUGGUAUUUUCUCAUACAAUACUGCAGUGCAUGAAGCCACUGGUGGUUGCAAACCUUAUGAAUUAGUGUUUGGUGUAAAAGCUAUUAUUCCUUCUGAAUUUGCUAGGUUAGAACCUCCACGAACUUUCAUUGGUUAUCUAGAUGAUUUGUUUUCUAGAAUUAGUAGAACUCAAGCUUCAGUAGCAGCAAACUUGGAAGGAGCAAAGCAGAAAAGCAAAUUAUUAUAUGAUAAAAAUGUAAAUCCACAUAAAUUUAAUGUAAAUGAUGUUUAUUUACUCAAAGAACUUAAAAAUUUGAUUGUAAUUGAACAGGACCAUUUAAAAUAACAAGAAUGUAUAAUGAUCAAAAUUGAACCCGAAAUAGUCGAGUCACCCAACUGUACGCAUGCGUCAGACGCCCGGCCGAGCCCGGCCGACUUUUCCCGAGCUCGCCCGAUUUUUCCCGAGCCCGCCCGAGCCCGUAAUAUCGGAUACCCGCACAUCCCUAGUUCAUAGUGAUUUUCAAUUGGGCUUCCGUUUCUAGUAUUCACGGUUUAGACACAGUUCCAAUUAGACAACGCCUCCGACUCUGUGUAAUUAUACCAAAGAGUAUGUGUUAAAUCGCAGUCGUAGCUUCAAUGUAAAUCGAGCCGACGAGAAGUGAAAUAGUGAUGUAAAACCUGUCAUCAUCGAGAGCGAUUAUUUUCCUUUUACAGCCAACUUUUCUCUGCACGAUAUGAAAAAAUUCGUUUUUUUUAUUCGUGAGAAGAAAUUAAAAGAAUUUCGAAUAAAAUCAAAAUUAAUAGAUAAGGGUUUAAAUUUUUAUUUUCAUUAGUUUCUUAUGAAAAAUCAUUUUUCAUCCGCGUCCAGUGAAAAGUUGGCCCGGAACCCUUUGUUCGUCGCUCCCAGUCGAACGACUAAUCUUAAGAGAAUGAAGUUUCGCGUGAUACUAGCUGACGCGAUGCGAAGCCCGUUGUGAACGGGCGUCGAAACUUUCGUGACUAGCGAGAGACUAUUAUCCGAAGAAAGUAUUCAGAAAAAUAAAGAGAAGUUGUGCUAACGUGUGCAGCAUACGAGUAUCAAAA